AUAGGAACCGAAUGGAUGAGGCUGGCUCCUCUGACACCGAGUUCCCCUGAGUGGCAGCGCCCGGGGAUGACAUCGGGCUGGGAGGAAGCAGCUCUGCUCAACCAGGAGUUUGCCGAGGUCUGGGGCCAGAAGUGCAAGGAGCUAUACGACCCAAUCUGGCAGAACUUCAGUGACCCGAUAUUGCGGCGAGUCAUCAGUGGUGUGCGCAUCCUGGGCUCUGCCAACCUGCCCCUGGAGAAGCGCCAGCAGUACAACUCUCUGCUAAGCAACAUGAACAGGAUCUACGCCACCGCCAAGGUCUGCUACCCCAACAAGACUGCCACCUGCUGGUCCCUGGACCCAGAGCUCACCAACAUCCUGGCUGCCUCUCGAAGCUAUGCCUUGCUGCUAUAUGCCUGGGAAGGCUGGCACAACACUGUGGGCAUCCCGCUGAAACCCCUGUACCAGAACUUCACUGCUCUCAGCAAUGAGGCCUACAAGCAGGAUGGCUUCUCAGACACGGGGGCCUACUGGCGCUCCUGGUACGAGUCGCCCACCCUCAUGGAGGAUCUGGAGCACCUCUACCAUCAAUUAGAGCCCCUCUACCUGAACCUCCAUGCCUACGUCCGCCGCGCACUGCACCGCCGAUACGGGGACAGAUACAUCAACCUCAGGGGACCCAUCCCUGCUCACCUGCUGGGGGACAUGUGGGCUCAGAGCUGGGACAACAUCUACGACAUGGUGGUGCCUUUCCCUGACAAACCCAAUCUCGACGUUACCAGUACUAUGGUGCAGAAGGGCUGGAAUGCUACACACAUGUUCCGGGUGGCAGAGGAAUUCUUCACUUCCCUGGGGCUCUUGCCCAUGCCUCCUGAGUUUUGGGCAGAGUCCAUGCUGGAGAAACCAAGCGAUGGGCGUGAGGUGGUGUGCCAUGCUUCCGCCUGGGACUUCUACAACAGGAAAGACUUCAGGAUCAAGCAGUGCACGCGGGUCAACCUAGACCAACUGUCCACAGUGCACCAUGAGAUGGGCCACGUGCAGUACUACCUGCAGUACAAGGGCCAGCCUGUCUCCCUGCGCCAAGGUGCCAACCCUGGCUUCCACGAGGCCAUCGGGGAUGUGCUGGCGCUCUCUGUCUCCACUCCUGCACAUCUGUACAAAAUUGGCCUGCUGGACCAUGUCACCAAUGACACAGAAAGUGACAUCAAUUACUUGUUAAAGAUGGCGCUGGAAAAGAUUGCCUUCCUGCCCUUUGGCUACUUGGUGGACCAGUGGCGUUGGGGGGUGUUUAGUGGGCGUACCCCCCCUUCCCGCUACAACUUUGACUGGUGGUAUCUUCGAACCAAAUAUCAGGGGAUCUGUCCUCCAGUUCUCCGAAACGAAACCCACUUUGAUGCUGGAGCUAAGUUUCAUGUCCCAAAUGUGACACCGUACAUCAGGUACUUUGUGAGUUUUAUCCUGCAGUUCCAGUUCCAUCAAGCCCUGUGCAAGGAGGCAGGCCACCAGGGCCCACUGCACCAGUGUGACAUCUACCAGUCCACCCGGGCAGGGGACAAGCUCCGGGAGUUGCUGCAGGCAGGCUCCUCACGGCCCUGGCAGGAGGUGCUGAGGGAUAUGAUCGGCUCAGAUACCCUGGAUGCUCAGCCACUGCUCAACUACUUCCAGCCGGUCAGCCAGUGGCUGCAGGAGCAGAACAAGAAGAAUGGCGAGGUCCUAGGCUGGCCAGAAUAUCAGUGGUACCCACCGAUGCCCAACAAUUACCCGGAGAGCAUUGAGCUGGUGACCAAUGAGGCUGAGGCCAGCAAGUUUGUGGAGGAAUAUGACCGGAGAUCCCAGGUGGUGUGGAACGAAUAUGCCGAGGCCAACUGGAACUACAACAUCAACAUCAGUGCAGAGGCUAGCAAGAUCCUGCUGCAGAAGAACAUACAGAUGGCAAACCACACCUUCAAGUACGGCACCUGGGCCAGGCAGUUUGAUGUGACCAACUUCCAGAACGCCACCAUGAAGCGGAUGAUAAAGAAGAUUCAGGACCUAGAGCGGGCAGCACUGCCUGUCAAGGAGCUGGAGGAGUACAACAAGAUCCUGCUGGACAUGGAAACCACUUACAGCGUGGCCUCUGUGUGCCUUGCCAACGGCACUUGUCUGCAGCUAGAGCCCGAUCUGACAAAUCUGAUGGCCACAUCCCGGAAAUAUGAAGAACUGUUAUGGGCGUGGCAGAACUGGCGAGACAAGGUGGGGAGGUCCAUCCUCCCUUUUUUCCCAAGAUACGUGGAGCUUGCUAACAAGGCUGCCCAGCUCAAUGGCUACGCAGAUGCAGGGGACUCGUGGAGAUCUAUGUACGAGAUGCCGUCCCUGGAGCAAGACCUGGAGCAGCUCUUCCAGGACCUGCAGCCGCUCUACCUGAACCUGCACGCCUACGUGCGCCGGGCCCUGCACCGCCACUACGGGCCCGAGCACAUCAAUCUGGAGGGCCCCAUUCCGGCUCAUCUGCUGGGGAACAUGUGGGCGCAGACCUGGUCCAACAUCUAUGACUUGGUGGUGCCUUUCCCUUCAGCCCCCAAGAUGGAUGCCACGGAGGCCAUGAUAAAGCAGGGCUGGACACCCAGAAGGAUGUUUGAGGAAGCGGACAAUUUCUUCACCUCCCUGGGGCUGCUGCCUGUGCCCCUUGAAUUCUGGAACAAGUCCAUGCUGGAGAAGCCAAACGAUGGGCGGGAGGUAGUAUGCCAUGCCUCUGCCUGGGACUUCUACAACAGCAAAGACUUCAGGAUCAAGCAGUGCACUGCUGUGAACAUGGAGGACCUGGUGGUGGCCCACCACGAAAUGGGCCACAUACAGUAUUUCAUGCAGUACAAGGACUUGCCUGUGACCUUCCGGGAGGGUGCCAACCCUGGCUUUCACGAGGCCAUUGGGGACGUGCUGGCCCUCUCAGUGUCUACCCCCAAGCACCUAUACAACAUCAACCUGCUGAGUAGCGAGGGUGGCGGCUAUGAGCAAGACAUCAACUUUCUGAUGAAGAUGGCACUUGACAAGAUCGCCUUUGUCCCCUUCAGCUACCUCAUUGACCAGUGGCGCUGGAGGGUAUUUGACAAAAGCAUCACUAAGGAGAAUUACAACCAGGAAUGGUGGAGCCUCAGGCUGAAGUACCAGGGCCUCUGCCCCCCAGUAGCCAGGACUCAAGGCGACUUUGACCCAGGGGCCAAAUUCCACAUUCCUUCAAGUGUGCCUUAUAUCAGGUACUUUGUCAGCUUUGUCAUCCAGUUCCAGUUCCACGAGGCACUGUGUCAGGCAGCUGGCCACAAGGGCCCCCUGCACAAGUGUGACAUCUACCAGUCCAAGGAGGCAGGGAAGCGCCUGGCGGACGCCAUGAAGCUGGGCUUCAGUAAGCCGUGGCCGGAAGCCAUGAAGCUGAUCACGGGCCAGCCCAACAUGUCCGCCUCAGCCAUGAUGAACUACUUCAAGCCGCUCCUGGACUGGCUCCUCACGGAGAACGGGCGGCACGGGGAGAAGCUGGGCUGGCCGCAGUACAACUGGACGCCCAACUCCGCUCGCUCGGAAGGCUCCUUCCCGGGCACCGGCCGCGUCAACUUCCUGGGCCUGAACCUGGAGGAGCAGCAGGCCCGCGUGGGCCAGUGGAUGCUGCUCUUCCUGGGCGUCGCCUUGCUGGUGGCCACUGUGGGCCUCACCCAGCGGCUCUUCAGCAUCCGCCACCACAGCAUCCACCAGCCCCACCGUGGGCCCCAGUUCGGCUCCGAAGUGGAGCUGAGACACUCCUGAGAUGACCAGGCCAGGCCAGGCCUGCCGGGGAGCGUCCACCACUGAGAGACUUGGGUGGGGGCAUGGGGUGGGCCGAGGACCCGCAGCUCCUGUCACGCCUCACCCCAGCCCGCCCUCCUCCUCCUCCAGCCCCGUCCCUCCUCCGCCCUCCACCUCCAGUCCUGUGCUGAGAAUCCGUCCUCCAGACCACGAGCCACCGCAGCCCCUGCCCCCCAGGCCCUGGGCACCAGGCCGCCUCCAUGGAGCCCCCUCCCAGUCUCUCUGUGAAUACAAUUAAAGGUCCUGCCCUCCCCA